UUGUGGGCCAUACAGAGAGAAAUUUUCAUGCUCGCCAUCCAUCAGAACUGAAGAGCUCCGCCAUCAUGUUUAAUUGUUCCCUACAGUAUAAAUUCUCUAUAAGUCCAUUUCAAUCUAAGUCUGACUGUAGAACUUCACUGCCAAGAUUAUGAGGGCUUUAAUAUUUCUACUCUUUCUGGCUCUUGUCGCCGGCCAAAAUCCAGACAUGUUUGGCGGCGAUAACUUCAUUUCCGGUGGACAAAAGUUUUCGUCAGACUUCAACAAUGGUUUUGACCAAAUGGGGAACGCUGGAGGGUUCCCAGCUGAUUUCAUCGGCAGUCCCGCCCGUGGCCUCGGUCCAUCGGCAAACGACUUCGGGCUGGACAACACUGGGUUAGGAGUGUCCGUUUUCGACGGAAAUUCUCCGGGUAUGUCCGGAAGCUGGGGUUCUCAAGGAAGCGGAUUUUCGUCUUGGGAUAAUGGUGGAUUUGAAUCCAACAUCGGCCAGCCAGAAAUCUUCGGAGGAGGCGGAUCGGCUUGGAACAAUAUAGACAACGGUAAUUCGAGAUUUUCAUCAGGAGGCUUAAAUGAUGUAUCUUUCCGCGACAGCAGUAAACCAAGAUUUGGAUCCGGUGGCUUUAACGACAUGUCUUUCCGCGACAACGGCCCCCAGAGGUUUAGGCCCCGUGGCUUCACUGAUCCACAAUCCCGUCCAUCCAUCCGCCGCAGAGGCAGACGAAGGCCGAGAUACUGAGUCUCAAUCGUUCAUUAUUAACACAUCAUAACAGUGUAUAUAUCAUGAUAUGGCUGUUUGAAAUAAAUACUGGAAAACUG